UUCCUCCUCAAGGAACAGGGCGACUUUACGGGCCCGCUCCGCCCCGCCCCGCUGAGGCUCCAUUAGCCCAAGCAAGCCCCGUCCUUCUCCAGGGAAAAGGGACGCGGAGGGGUUAAAGCAGACAAGUUCGGCUGCCUAGAACAGACGACUGUGGCGGUGGCUGGGGGGGGAAGCGAGCGCGCGCGCGCGCACCCUCGGGAAGACAAGGACUUUCUUCCCUCCCCCUCCUUGUUUUCUCCGCGCGGAAAAAGCGAAGCGCGGCGCGCGCGCCAGGUGAACGGGCCGACUUGACAGCGGUGGGAGGGCAGGAAGGAGGUUGCGGUGGUUUGUUCACCAAGCCAAAAGUAAAUCCAGUCAACCUUGGUGGGAAUUCUUGGAAGCCUUCAGGACUGAAGCAGAAAGAUGGAUCCUAACCGGGAAUUGCCGCAUAUCCAUUUUCAAGAAUCGGCAAAAGAACCGAAAAUGGAGUCCAGGAGUCCAAACCGCUCCGGUGCCACCCAGUCAUUCUGGGACUCUGAGUUGGGGCUGCUGCGCGUGAUCGUCAAGGAAGAAGAUGACAGCGAAGAGGCCAAUCCAUCAGAAAACUGGACGGCAAGAUCAACCACAGAGGGAGGUUCCUUCCCCGAAAGAUUCACUUCGGAGCAUCAGCUGAAACGUUCGCCAGAAAAUACGCAGGACAGUAUUUUUCCUCCGGUGAAAGUGGAAACCAUCCAGAUUAAGGAGGAGCCCGCAGAGAUAUCUGUAACGAUACUCGAGCACCCCAAUGCCGAAGGGACGAGUCCCAACAAGUGCGCCCUGUGCGGAAAGACCUUCAGUUGCAAGUCGGACCUCACCAGACACCAGAGGACUCACACGGGCGAGAAGCCCUUCCGAUGCUUCGAGUGUGGGAAAAGCUUCAGCCGAGGAGAUUAUCUGAUUUUGCACCAAAAGCUGCACCGGGGGGAGAAGCCCUACAAGUGCUCCGAGUGCGGCAAGGGCUUCUACCGAAGCACCCGGCUGAUUUCCCACAAAAAGGUCCACCUGGCCGAGAAACUCUACAAGUGUUUCCGUUGCGGCAAGAGCUUUGGCGACGAGGCCAAGCUUGCCCAACACAAGCAGGCCAAGCACACGAACGAGCGGCCGCACACCUGUCCCGAGUGCGGCAAGAGCUUCCGCCGGAGCACGCACCUCACCAGGCACCAGAAAAUCCACGCCCGCAAGGCCCGCUACCGCUGCCUGCAGUGCGAGAAGACCUUCACUUGUCGAAAGCACCUCCUGUCCCACGAGCGGACUCACACGGGAGACAAGCCCUACAAAUGCUUGGACUGCGGCAAGAGGUUCAGCUUCAGCGGGAACCUCGCCUCGCACCUGAGGAUGCACACGGGGGAGAAGCCGUACCUGUGCCUCGAGUGCGGGAAGAGUUUCAGCCGGAGCGCCCACCUCACUCUGCAUCAGAGGACCCACACCGGGGAGAAGCCGUACACCUGCCUGGAGUGCGGGCGAGCCUUCAGCCAAAGCAGCAACCUCACCUCCCAUCAGCGCAUCCACACCGGGGAGAAGCCGUACGAGUGUCCCGUGUGCGGGAAACAGUUUUCGCGGGGCGACUCGCUGGUCUCGCAUCAGAGGAUCCACGCCGCCGAAAUCAUCUGAUCCGGGGUUUGAAGAGCGUUUGGCACAACAGGGCCUCUUGGCAACAGGCUUCGGUUGCGAGGGGGGGACAAAAAGGAAAAGAUGGCAGACUCUUGCUUCGUGUCAAAAUAAUCGCUGUGUGUGAGAAGCUUCGUCAUUGUUGCCUUUGAAGGUUCUCAAAGGUCACGGUUGUCUCAAAGUUGCUUUUUUCCAAAAGAUAACCGGAGUUUCUUGGGGUUUUUUUUUCCUUGAAAACGUUUCGCUUCUUGGGGAAAAAAAAAAAGUCAGGUUGCCUUUCAGAAAAAAAAGCACCUUUCGGACUUCUUCAUUUGUUACAUACAUGGACAAACAGAAUUGGAAAACGAUAGUCAAGGACAGUGUAUUAUUAUAUGUUAUGGAGGUUAAUAAGAUAAUAAGCAACACCCUGCUGGAUCGGACCCCAGGCCCACCUUGCCUGGCCAAGGAAGCCCUCAGGUCUUCCAGAAGAUGGCCUUCAGAGACAGCCAUCCUGCCAUCCAGACUUCCAGAAGUGGCAUCCACGCACUUCCGGUGGGCCGUUCUGGGCCUGGGAAGCCGCCCCGGCUCAGAACGGACUUCCAGAGGUGGCAUCCACGCACUUCUGGUGGGCCAUUCUGGGCCUGGGAGGCCUCCCUGGCUCAGAAUGGACUUCCGGAGGUGGCAUCCACACAUUUCUAGUGGGCCGUUCUGGGCCUGGGAGGCCUCCCUGGCUCAGAACAGACUUCCAGAAGUGGCAUCCACGCACUUCCGGUGGGCCGUUCUGGGCCUGGGAGGCC